CCUCGCGCGGACGCCCGCGCUGCCUCCAGCAGAGAGCGGUGCGCGGUUGGAUGUGAGCGCCACCGACCUGUCUCGACUUCCAGAUCGAAGAUGGCGGUCUCGGUGUUCCCCGGCGUGCGGCUCCUCUCCAUCGGAGACGCGAAUGGAGACAUACAGCGACACUCAGAGCAGCAGCCCCUGCGGUUAGAAGUCAAAACCACACAGGACGCGGCCCUCAUCAAUCUCUCCAAUGGAGAGGAGGCGAGUGUGUUCAAGUGUUCGGUUUCCAGGGAGACGGAGUGCAGCCGCGUGGGGAAGCAGUCGUUCAUCAUCACGCUGGGCUGCAACAGCGUCCUGCUGCAGUUCUCCUCACCUGCAGACUUUCAGUCUUUUUAUAAUCUCCUGAAGAACUGUCGCGGACACCUCAGUGAGCACUCGGUCUUCAGUGACAGAACAGAGGAGUCCUCUGCUGUACAGUACUUCCAGUUUUAUGGCUACCUCUCCCAGCAACAGAACAUGAUGCAGGACUACGUACGAACAGGGACUUACCAACGGGCUAUUCUCCAAAACCAUACUGACUUCAAGGACAAGGUGGUGCUGGAUGUCGGUUGUGGCUCGGGGAUCCUCUCUUUCUUCGCAGCCCAAGCAGGAGCCAGGAAAGUCUACGCUGUGGAGGCCAGCACCAUGGCACAGCACGCCGAGGUGCUGGUGAACAGUAACCGUUUAGGGGAGCGCGUGGUCGUCAUCCCGGGGAAGGUGGAGGAGGUGACGCUGUCAGAGCAGGUGGACAUCAUCAUCUCAGAGCCGAUGGGCUACAUGUUGUUCAAUGAGCGCAUGCUGGAGAGCUACCUGCAUGCCAAGAAGUUCCUCAAACCCAAUGGUAAAAUGUUCCCCACCAUCGGUGAUGUCCACCUGGCCCCCUUCACAGACGAACAGCUCUACAUGGAGCAAUUCACCAAGGCCAACUUCUGGUACCAGCCCUCGUUUCACGGUGUAGACCUAUCUGCUCUGCGGGGGGCAGCUGUGGAUGAGUACUUCCGCCAGCCAAUUGUGGACACAUUUGACAUCCGUAUUCUGAUGGCCAAGUCGGUUAAAUACACAGUCAACUUCCUGGAGGCCAAGGAAGAGGAUCUUUACAGGAUAGAGAUUCCCUUUAAGUUCCACAUGAUGCACUCUGGCCUGGUACACGGCCUGGCUUUCUGGUUUGAUGUGGCAUUCAUUGGAUCUGUGGUGACAGUAUGGCUGUCCACAGCACCCACAGAACCUCUCACCCACUGGUACCAGGUGCGCUGUCUGCUGCAGUCUCCCCUCUUCACCAAGGCUGGGGAUACACUGUCAGGCACCGCCAUGCUGGUGGCCAACAAGAGGCAAAGCUACGACAUCAGCAUUGUCGCCCAGGUGGACCAGACAGGAUCAAAGUCCAGCAACCUCCUGGACUUGAAGAACCCCUUUUUCAGGUACACAGGCUCCACCCCCAACCCUCCUCCUGGCUCACACUACACCUCCCCCUCUGAGAAUAUGUGGAACACUGGGGCCUACAGCAUGAAUCAGGGGAUGGCUGUAUCAGGGAUGCCUGCAGCUUAUGACCUCAGCACAGUCAUUGGCAGCGGCCCGUCAGUGUCUCACAACAACCUCAUCCCCUUGGGUACGGAUCUCACACCUGCCGACUUCUCUACACCUCUGAACACAGGAAUUGUAAACCACACCCACUCCAGGAUGGGCUCCAUCAUGAGCACAGGCAUUGUGCAGGGAGCCACGACAGGCCAGUCGGGCCCAAGCAGCAGUGGUACUUACUAUCCUGUCACCAACCAGUUCACCAUGGGCGGCGCUGCCAUUUCCAUGGCCUCUCCAAUGGUCAUCCCCAGCAACACCAUGCAUUACGGCAGUUAAGACGAGGACUUCGUUAAUGGCUUCUUCAGCCCCCUCCCCCGCCUCCCCGCAUGAUGAGAUCCCCAACCCUUCCCAGUGGGACCUCCUCAGUCUGCCACCCCCUCCAUCCGUCAACCCUGACUGAUCCUCCGAUCCGCCGCCAAAACCAAUAUACCAAAACCAGCGCUGUACUGGGACCCCCCCUCCCCUUGUUCGUCGACCCCAUUCUAGUCCGUUCAGUCCAUCAUGGUAUGAGCGGUCAAACACUCUCCUAUCCGUCCAGACUCUUGUCUUGCAAACAGCGGAAACCUCCUUCACCGUUGCUCCUCCUGGGGUUCACAUUGGGACUGCGACACAUGCACAGCAGUUAUCACCUGUCCUCUUCCUGGGGAUUCACCCUCUGUACUGUCUCCAUCCCCACCACUCCCCUGGUUUUCUUUACUGCUACGAUGAACCCAGAGUGUUUGCCCCCAAAAAACGUUUUCUUGCCUAAGAAUCUACCUGUUGCCAGAUACCAGCAUCAGUCCGUUCCCAGAAGUCUCCCACACCUCUAUCCCAGAAUUCUACACUGGAGGGUUUCAUCAGUGCAACAGGACACUAUUAUCAUCAUCGUCAACACUCGCCUCUUAGCUGCCAUCUUGGCUCUUCAUAUCAGACACAAAUACAUUUACACAGCCUCUCUGCACUUCUCUCAAGAGACUGACUCAUGUCAGGCGAAUUGGUUCCUUUUUAAAGUAUCAGUGCACACAAAUCUCAAAACAUAUCUUCCUUGUUUAUUCCGUGUAGAUGAUUUGUUUUGCAGGCAGAGGCAAUUAUAUCAGAAACAGGCCGUCUACAAACCGAGGCGUCCUGUUGAAUAGAUUCUUUUUACUGUUAGUUGUACAAUCUAAGCGUCCAGGUUCUUCUCUUUACCUUGUGUUUGUUCUUCAAAGCUGCGACUUUGAUGCAUUCUACUUAGGGUUACUCAGGUUUUGGGAAAACGCUGGUCACCUUCCAUGCUCUGCGAUGAGAUAAAUGAAAUAAAUAGAUGAAAGUAGCUGUAAAACUCUGUUCAAAUGAGGGAAGCUUUCAUCAUGGUCAUUGGGUGGAAAUAAUAUUUUACCUCCACGGGUGACAUUCAGUAUAGUCAUUCGAUCCGUUGUUAAUGAGAAAAAAAUGUUAAGUGCAGCUUUAAGUGUACAGUAAUGUGGCUAGCAUCACUGGGAAAAGGGAGAAAUAGCCUCUCCUUUUCCUCCACCCUGAAGGUGGGUUGUUGUAGUUUACAACAACCCACCUUUGAGUGGGGUUGCCAGGUUUGAGCACCGUUCCAAAAAGCCAGGUGACACCUUUUAUCGUAUCUGACAAGCAAUUAAAAGAAGACAUCCUGGAAGUUACAUUUUGUCCCAUUUCUGCCGGAGCUAGGCUAACUCUUGUCCCACCAACACACAUGAGCUGUCUAUACUGUACUGGACACACUGAAAUUUGAAAAAUAACUUUUGUCACCUCACUUGUGUGUCUUUGUAGUCUCGAACUAUAGAACGCUGCCAGUCUCGUUUUACAAGCAUCCUCGGUGUCUUGGUUUGACACUAUCAUUUGUGUUUAGUGAAGAAUGAGACUUAGGGACUUUCAGACUCUGAUUCGCAUGGAAGAUGGCCAGAUGGAUGUAGGACAUUCUCCCCAAAACCUGUUGCCUGUGCUCAUAUGAGAACCCUUAAGCCCCUUGCCUCUCCCGUCACCUGCCCUCUUCAUUUAGCACCUGUAUUUUUUUAUUUUCUUUUUUGGCUAAGAGGACAUUGCAGCCACUCUUCCGCCGCCAGUCAUUUGUUGAGCCAGAUUACUCUGGCAGUUGGAAGAAGACGAUUUGGAGAGGGAACCCGCAAGGACCAAUAGCCCAGGCGGCAGCCCACUGGCUGCUCAAGGGAGAAGCGCUGUGCUGGAUAUGGAGCGUCCGAGUUUACAUCCUUGUUUUCUUCCCCUCUGCUUCUCCUCCCAACCUCCUUUGAGACUGUGAGACUGUCGCAAAGAACCUUCAAUGUGGAGGCACGGGACACUGGGCCUGUCCACCCACCUCCCUCCUCAUCGGUUCACUAUGUAUGACCGCCAGCAUAUCAUGGGCCACAAGACACCCGACGCGCCCUCGCCCCCUUUUUAUUAGUCAUGGAGAGAAAGACUGACACGUGUAUGCAUUGCUUCCAGUGUCACAGCUGCUGGACUUUGUUCAUUUGGAAUUUAUGAUUUAGUGAGUUUUAAGAGAGCUGAGGAAAAAAAUUCUGUUUGUAGGAUUUAUUUUUUUGUUGUCUUUAUUUUGUUUUUGUUUUUUCUCUGUCACAAAAACCAACAAUUAAAAAAAAAAAAAAGAGAGAGCAAAUUAAAUGGGGUGGAGAUGUUCCAAGCCCCAUCCUGGAAUCGGGUGUUGUAGUACUUUAAUUUGUUCCCUCUAGUUUGUGAAGUAGACCGCGGACACGCCAGAUGUUCACCAUGUGGUAGCCUUUAGCCAUCGUGUCCCUUUUUGUCCUGGAAUCUUUGCUCUGUGUAGCCAAUAGUGGCGUCCACUUUUAUCAUGGAAAAGUGUAAUAGGAAGCCUGUGUGUCAUGUCCUGUUAUUUCUGUGUUUGACGAAGCAGUAAUAACACCUUUCUCACUGUCUGACAAUCGACUCUUCUGCUCCGCAAACAGCCAGAGAACGUCGGCCCCGAAUACUGUGGCGAGCAGUUCCUCCGUCCACGACACAGACGUCUCUGCAGCAGCUGCAAUUCUUCAGGCCCAAAUUAUCUAAAUGAACUGAAGCGUCGUGCUCUGAGCACGCGCGGUAUGGUCGAUGCCAAGAGCUUUAACUCAACACCGUUUAAUACACGAGAGAAAACGUCUCUACCUCUUCAAAUGAUAACCUACUCAUACCCAAAUAAAAUAGACUUGAACAGGUGGACAGGGAGCGGAACUCGUAAUAACAUUCGAGCCUCUGGUUUAACUGCAUAGUGCGAGUUCUUGAGCCUGCUUUUCAGUCUCCUGAGAUUUAGUUUAGUUAGUUCAAGGAUGGAGAAUUCAGGAGAUUCCUUUGUACAGGAGCUGUACUGUCCCAUCAGCGUUUAAAAUGUGUAAUUACAGAAGGCCAGGGACGACAUGACGCCAACAUAGUGGCAUCAGAAAGCAUUCUGACCCUUUCACCUUUUUUUUUUUUUGCACAAUUCAAUAUGUUGUAGGUUUAGUUUCAAAUGGAAAAAUGAAGUGUCUGUCCAACAACCGACCCUCGGUAAUCUAUAAUGACAAAGUGAAACCAUGGUUUUAGAAAUGUUUGCUCAGAAGGGUCUAAAGAUAUUAGUCUCUGGACGGACGGCUGAAAUGUAGAUGAAAAUGUUUAAAAAUGUAACUGGACGUACCCUCAGGAAUGGAAUCAUUUUAGCAGAUGUGUAACCACAUUGGCAGCAAGAACAGCAGUAACCACCAGGGCAAGCAAUACGUAAAAUUAAAAAAAAAAGGGAAUUUAAAUAAGCAAAUGUUUAGACACUUUUCCAAAUCCUUACUACAUACUGACUCUAGGCAGGUUUCAGUGCAAAGAGGAUUCAGUUGGAGUAAAGCUAAUCCAGAGAGUGCAUGUUAAGUACAGCAGAUGUUCUUCCGGGUGCUGAUGAUGCACACUUCUCUCUCCCACAAUGCAGUGCUCAAAGGAACUGAAGGAGCCGUGUGCAGCUGGAAAAGAUGAGCAAAAAAACCAUCACAACUAUUGGACAUAACUAAUAAAAAUCAUAUUAAAGCGGACGCUAUGCUAUCCCAUCCCAACAUUUUGAUGUCCAUUUGUGAAGUUGUACUGGUGGUAACAUGCACAAAGUCACCGUUUGAUUAAAAAAAAAUGUCACGCA